UCUGAAAGUGAAUCCUGUCUGCUAUUUUCCUCUGUGAAUCUGUGAUUCUUUUUAUUACAAACACAGAUUUAUACGCUUUUAUUCUGCAAAGUUUCAUGAGAAUUUUUUGGAGAUAUCAGCUCAAGAAACAACUGGAUUACCAGCUGAUGCUUCUCUCUACAGGAUGUUUGAUUCACUGAUUCCUUGUGGACUAAUCAUUAGAUUUCUGUCGACCAAGCGGUAACAAGUGAGGAUUUUUAUUCAGUGUAAUCAAGCAUCUGAGCCCUGCUGCGACAGGAUACACUCAGCAGCAUCAGUUGCAUUGAAAUCCAAGUAUCAGGUUCUAUCAGUCUGAUCCGCUUAGGUAAGACUACACCGGGCCGAGGCUGUGACACUGCAGCUCAAAAACUGGACUCCUGAGUUUGACCCGGAGCAAGAGACAGGAAAACUCAUCCAGCAAAAAACAUAAAAAGCCUGGCUCAGAUCCAUUUCAUCAACAAAGGCCUGGACGGUGAAGCCUGAUCGAUCGGGCUCCUGCAGGCUGCCACAGGUGGCUGCACAGCUAUCGGCUACUCAAUAAUGCAUUGAGUCCAGCUCAGGAAUGAAAGGGAGGAGAAAGUGUGCGAGAGGGUAAUCCUUUGGUGAUUGUGUAGAGAAAACGAGCGGGAUAACGUGGUGAAUCGAAGAGGACACGUGGAAGUAAUAUGAGAGAGCAGAUGUUGAAGAGGAAAAAGAAAAGAGAAGAAAAUGGAUGCUGAGACAGAAAGUUUGGGGUGAAGAAAGUAGGAAGUUUGAGCAGAAGGAAAAUAAAUAAAGUGGAAGAUUGAUUUUUUCUUUUAGACUGUUUGUGAGGAGUGAGCAAGCUUCUUGGUUUCCAAAGAAGUGAAUCAAAGGAGAGGACUUUAAGGAUAUAAAGGAGAAGAAGAAGAAGCACAACAUCAAGGCCAUCAUGGUGAACACAGGUAUGCAGCUGAUCAGCUUCACCUGCGCAGUGACCGGCUGGAUCAUGGCGAUCGCUGUCACCGCUCUCCCUCAGUGGAAGGUCUCGGCAUUCAUCGGCAGCAACAUCCUCACCUCAGAGAUAAAGUGGGAGGGCAUCUGGAUGAACUGUAUCUACCAAACCACAGGUCACAUGCAAUGCAAGACAUAUGACUCCAUGCUGGCCCUGCCUCCGGACAUCCAGGCUGCCCGCGCCCUCAUGUGCCUGGCCAUCUUCAUGGGCUGGCUCUCCUGCACCGUGUCCUGCUGCGGCAUGAAGUGCACAACCUGUGCCGGGGACGACCGCCGAGCCAAGGCUGGGAUCGCGCUCGCUGGUGGCGUUCUCUUCAUCCUGACUGGCCUGUGCGUCCUCAUUCCUGUUUCCUGGACCGCCAACACGGUCGUCCAGGAUUUCUACAACCCCAACGUGCCCAUCAUGCACAAACGAGAGCUGGGAAAGGCCAUUUAUCUAGGCUGGGCGUCUGCAGUUAUCCUCAUGAUCAGCGGGGCCGUGUUGAGCAGCACCUGUCCACUCAUGGAGAGAGGGGGCAGGUAUCGCAGGGGCUACAUUGGCCGGAGCUUUGCUAAUUCACCUGCGCCAGAUCCCCCAAAACCCAUCACAUCCAACAGUCUGCCUUUAAAGGAGUACGUAUAGGAAGAGGAGGCGGGAGGGUCCUUUUAAACUUUGUAACUCUGGUUCUUUUCAAAAAUACCCUGUCACAAGUCUGUUACUUUAACGCUAUGAAAGACAUAUAUACAUUAUUUAUGAAAAUAUUCAACCUAUGUUUUGCUUAUUUUGUAUCUCUUUUUAAUGUCAAACAUGUCUGCAGUAAUAAAAACAUUCAAGUUUGUUUGAAAUGUGACUUUUACUCACAGACUGUGUAAAAGAAGUGGACCUAGCCUCUUGGUUUGAAAAGUGAAGCGAAUGUUGAAGUACCUUAAAGCUGGAUUCUUCCUAAUGGCCAGCAGGGGGGUGACUAAGAAUGACACAAAGCGCUGUCUAUCCACAAUUUCUGGCACUUCUGGCCCCAACAAACCAAUAUGGUGAUAACAAAAAUGCUCAUUCCAGGGUUUUAAGGGAUCAGUGUGUCUCAUGAAGGUGUUUACGUCCACUUCUUCUAUACAGUCUCUGCUUUGACCGCACUGAGAUUCAAAGAAGAGCCUGAAGAAAGCCUGUGUUGAAUCACAAGACGUACAUGAUGACAGUGAUGAUGGCUUCUAUGAUGGCUUGUGUUGUGAUGAUUGCAGUGAUUUACAUGAGCAGUUUAUAUUCUGAUGUCAAUGUUACCUUCUGAUCUGUCACAUAAAGCCUUCACUGAGUGUUCCUACAUUCAAAGUGUGAAAUAAAACAGGUUUGUAAAAGCUUGCUUCACUAACUGUUUUGAAGUUGUCUUUAUCAUUUUGUGUACUAACUAGCUAAAACAAAUAUGUUAUAUUUGUGCAAUGUAGUCGAGCAAUAGUGACUUCACUGUGUCAUAUAUCAAGUCCAAAGUGAUGACAGUGUCAUCUAAAAAAC